AUGAUCGAAAGUCUGUCUAGGCGGGCUUUAACUGGUUCGAGUGGUACUUACAACGUUCAUGCAUUAGAGCUGGCUGCCUUACGUGAACGGAAACUUAAAGGUCUGAAGGUGACUGUUAUGUUUCUUGAUGAUACAGAUCACACCUUUCACAUAGAGAAAAAGGCAAAAGGAUCUGUUUUACUUGAACAAGUUUAUCAACACUUGGAACUGAUUGAAAAAGAUUAUUUUGGAUUACAGUAUUCAGAUGCAGGAUGUUCACCAUCGAAUAACAAACCUGAAUGUAUGCAAUGGUUAGAUCCUUCUAAAACGAUAAAAAAGCAACUUGGGAAUUGUGAAUAUCCUUUAUACUUUCGUGUUAAAUUCUAUGUGUCUGACCCAAGUAAGUUAAAAGAAGAAUACACAAGAUACCAGUUCUAUUUACAAGUUCGUAAAGAUAUCUUGGAAGGACGACUGCACUUGUCAUCAAGCACUGCUUGCUUAUUGGCUAGCUAUACAGUUCAAUCGGAAUUAGGAGAUUAUCAUUCUGAUGAGCAUGGACCAAAUUAUCUAUCAAAUCUUCAACUUAUACCAAUGCAAACAGAAGAAAUGGAAAAGAAAAUAGCCGAGCUUCACAAGUUACACAGAGGACAAUUGCCCGCAGAUGCUGAAUUCAAUUUUCUGGAUCAUGCAAAAAGAAUUGACAUGUAUGGAGUGGAACUUCAUAAGGCAAAAGAUAACAUGAACAGAGAUAUUCAGCUUGGGGUAACGUCAAUAGGUUUAGUUGUCUUUCAAAAUAAUAUAAGAGUUAGUGCGUUUUCCUGGUCGAAAAUAAUGAAGAUAUCAUUUAAAAGAAAAAUGUUUUUCAUACAACUGCGCCGAGAGCCGUCCGAAUCGUACGAUACCCUUUUGGGUUUCAAUAUGGACACAUAUCGUUCGUCUAAAACGUUAUGGAAAGCAUGUGUGGAACAUCACACAUUCUUCAGACUGCAUUCCCCCAAAGUACGACGGAAAUUCCCGCUAUCGCUAGGUUCAAAAUUCCGAUAUUCUGGUCGGACCGAAUUUCAGACCGUUUCCGAAGUUAAACAACGUGGAAAAUUGGAACGGAAAUUCGUACGGUCUCCAAGCAAACUGUUUCGACAGUCAGUUCCACCUCCUGCUUUAGAGGAAAGAGGGAAAAUAUUAACCGCUCCCAGUCGACCUCCAAGGCCUUACGACAACAAAGUGACAUCGUUAGGAGCGAAAGAACCCCGAAAGGCAUGGGAAGACGAUUGCAGGAUAUCUGAUGACGACGGAGGUUUCUUGGAACGUACGUUGGAGGGUCCAUUCUCUCCCAGUUUAGCUGGUAGGGUUAUUAGUUACGCAGAUGAAGAGCUCCCCUCUCCUACAACAAAUGAACUGUAUGAAACUCCUCCAUAUAGUGCAUCACCAACUUCACAAGUCGUCGAAGAUGGACUGGUAAUGAUAACACUAUUUCCAGAUGAAGAAGGAAAAUACGGUUUCAAUGUUAAAGGUGGUGCGACAGUGGAUGUUCCGAUUCAAGUGUCUCGCGUAGCACCCGGUACUCCAGCAGACAAAUGUGCCCCUCGUUUAUCAGAGGGUGAUCAAAUCGUUCAGAUAAAUGGGCACGAUGUUACGCAUGGGCUUCAUCAGACCGUCGUUCAGUAUAUACAAAAAGCAAGAAGGACUAAUGAAGGCAAGUUAGUUUUGGUAGUGAAACCGAGCCCAAUCUAUUCUGGUGACGAGUAUGAGGAGCCUCCUUACCAUUACGUUCCGGUAGGUGACGUCCUAAGGACCCCAUCGCCCAGUAAUGCACUGGAACAAAGCAUGCUUCUUUUAGAAGACGGACUAGCUAACGGAGCAUUGAUUACACAAUAUGAGAUCAUGUACAGGAAACAUCCCGAUCUCAUGUGCGACGAGGCCGUUAAACCGAAAAACAUUAAUAAGAACAGAUAUAGGGAUAUUUUGCCGUAUGACGUUACGCGUGUCGUUUUAAAGCAUUCUCCAGGUGGUGACUACAUAAAUGCAAAUUAUGUUAAUAUGCAUAUAUCGGGUUCGGAUGUAAUUAACAAGUAUGUAGCAACGCAAGGCCCGCUUCCAUCUACAACCGAAGACUUCUGGCAGAUGGUACUCGAAGAAGAAAGUAAUUUAAUCGUAAUGUUAACAACGGUCGUCGAAAGGGGACGAGUCAAAUGUCACAAAUAUUGGCCGAGUUUGGGAGAGGAAUUGACACUAACCAACGUAACCGUUAAAUGCCUCGUAGAGGAAACUGACGACUCACGUAGCUUCGUUUUUCGAGAUUUUCUUCUGCAUGAUGUUAAGAACGACAGGGAGAGAAAAAUAAAACACAUGCAAUACGUAGCAUGGCCUGACCACGGCGUGCCCGAAUCGCCUGAACAAUUUCUUGGUUUUACGCAGCGUGUACGCGAAACGCGGGACACAGACGGAGGACCUAUGAUAGUGCAUUGUAGCGCAGGAAUCGGUCGUACGGGGGUGCUAGUACUUAUGGAGACCGCUAUGUGCCUUAUCGAAAUGGGCGAGCCCGUCUAUCCCCUUGACAUUGUUCAAAUAAUGCGCAAACAACGCGCCAUGAUGAUCCAAAAUGCUAGUCAAUACAGGUUCGUAUGUGAAAGUGUGCUUACAUUUUAUACACAAAAGAUUUUAGUAUCCGAAAAUCAUCAUCCGAGGUGAACGUGUACCGUGUAAUUCUUUUUGCUUUAAUUUAUAAAACAUAUUUUAAUUAUUAUUUACGUUUGUAAUGACAAACAUUUAAAAGAAGUAUAGAAAAGACUUCCACCUGUGUGCAAUGUACCUAAACAAUUUCGUAUUAAAUUAUCUUUUUAC